CAGGGGCAAGAGGAGCCCCCGUCCACGAAGCCCAAAUCCUUGUACAUGGGUCUCCUCUCCCGUAGUUUUGGCGUCGCGACGCUCUCUACGAUUUCGACGCGCCCACCGGCGAGGAGGUGGCGGGUGCGGUCACUCGCCACUGGAGUAGCGGCGGCGGAAGGCGGUCUCCAGAGAAGGGGAGAUGGACGCCGAGCCGCGGGUCGUGAAGCUGAAGGCCAUCGAGGCGACGCCGGAGAGUUUCCGCGAAUUCGGUCAGGUGAUCGGAGCGUCCCCGGACGGCGAGGAGUUUGGCCCUCAAGACGCGCACCUCGAGCUCAACCAGGGCGUCCUCGAGCUCAACCAGGGCGUCCCCAGGUUCUACAUUAUGCAUCUAGAAGGCAGGGCGUUGCAAUUUUCGACUAUAACUCAUCAUGCGAGCGUUACCCAGUGCCUGGGCAGUAUUGGUGGUGAAGAUUGGUACCUGGGUGUUGCCAAGGCUUCUAUUGUCGACAAGGAUGAGGUUAAUGACAAAGUGAAGAUGGAAGAUGUGCAGAAAUCUAAAUGUGGGCAUUACUAUUUGCCUCCAAUUCCUGAUGAUGUUCGUGUGUUCAGGAUAUCUGGACCUAAGUUUGUCAAGCUGAACAAGGGGACAUGGCAUGCUGGGCCUUUGUUCAGGAAAAGGGAGAUGGACUUCUACAACCUGGAACUCAGCAAUACCAACGUGGUAGAUCACACAACCCAUUCAUUCGGCAAAUGUAACGGCAUCAAAUUCUUGGUUGAAGACUGAUCCUCCUUUUGUGUAAAUGUUUUAUGAUGGCGACAUCAUUACUUGCUACAAACUUCAUAAUGUAUUGAGGUAAUAGAAUGGAUUGAACUAAAUUAUUGCUGA